CUGAGAGUGCUUGAGUGGCACUGAGUGUUAUUAUCACUGUCACCUUUGUGUGCUUCAGUGCAAGGGCCCUAGGUGUGUUACUUUUAGGUGCCUAAGGUUCAGACUCAAAAGGUAUAUAUAUCUGAGACCCUUAUAUGACAUGUGUGUGUGCAUGUGAGCCUCAAGUGAAAGAAAUAUGUGCUCCUAAGGCAAACUACAGUAAUCUUACAGGGAGAAGGGACUAGUCUGUUACCAUAAUACUUGAACUUGAGAUAUAUUUUACCAGUACCUGAGCAGGGCUGUUACCUGUGUCUACGUGAGGAUGAUACUCAGGUAUGUUACCUGUAUACCUGAGUAUCAUUCUCAGACUUGUGUUACUAAUAGACACUUUAGUGGAAGCCUGUGUAUCAGGUUUCCUAAGAUGGGUCCCAGGUGAAACUUGUGAAGGGGGAUGGGUACCUGAAGGUGAGACUCAAAUGUUAUUUCCAGUAGGAGCCCAGCUCCCCAACUUGUGCCUGUGACUGGAGUGAGCAUUCUGAGCGGACGCGCCUGUGGCUUUGACCAUUUCUCCCUCCUUUGUUCCCAUAGGGCCCAUCGCUCACCGCCACAUUGGGGCCUAGAGGCCAUGGCCUGCCUCCAUGAGACCCGAACACCCUCCCCUUCCUUUGGGGGUUUCGUAUCCACCCUCAGCGAGGCGUCCAUGCGCAAGCUGGACCCAGACACUUCUGACUGCACCCCUGAGAAAGACCUGACGCCUACCCAGUGUGUACUUCGAGAUGUAGUGCCACUGGGCGGGCAGGGCGGGGGUGGACCCAGCCCCUCCCCAGGUGGAGAGCCACCUCCUGAGCCUUUUGCCAACAGUGUCCUGCAGCUACAUGAGCAGGAUGCAGGAGGCCCAGGGGGAGCCGCUGGGUCCCCUGAGAGUCGGGUGCCCAGAGUUCGAGCAGAUGAGGUGCGGCUGCAGUGCCAGAGCGGCAGUGGCUUCCUGGAAGGCCUCUUUGGCUGCCUGCGCCCUGUCUGGACCAUGAUCGGCAAAGCCUACUCCACGGAGCACAAGCAGCAGCAGGAAGACCUUUGGGAGGUCCCCUUUGAGGAAAUCCUGGAUCUGCAGUGGGUGGGCUCAGGAGCCCAGGGUGCUGUCUUCCUGGGGCGUUUCCAUGGGGAAGAGGUGGCUGUGAAGAAGGUACGGGAUCUGAAGGAGACUGACAUCAAGCACCUGCGAAAGCUAAAGCACCCCAACAUCAUCACUUUCAAGGGUGUGUGCACCCAGGCUCCCUGCUACUGUAUCCUCAUGGAGUUCUGCGCCCAGGGCCAGCUGUAUGAGGUACUGCGGGCUGGCCGCCCUGUCACCCCUUCCUUGCUGGUUGACUGGUCCAUGGGCAUCGCUGGUGGCAUGAACUACCUGCACCUGCACAAGAUUAUCCAUAGAGACCUCAAGUCCCCCAACAUGCUAAUCACAUACGACGACGUGGUGAAGAUCUCCGAUUUUGGCACUUCCAAGGAGUUGAGUGACAAGAGCACCAAGAUGUCCUUUGCAGGAACAGUAGCCUGGAUGGCCCCUGAAGUAAUUCGUAACGAGCCUGUGUCUGAGAAGGUCGACAUCUGGUCCUUUGGCGUGGUGCUAUGGGAACUCCUGACUGGUGAGAUUCCCUACAAAGAUGUAGAUUCCUCAGCCAUCAUCUGGGGUGUGGGAAGCAACAGUCUCCAUCUGCCUGUGCCCUCCAGCUGCCCAGAUGGCUUCAAAAUCCUGCUUCGCCAGUGCUGGAACAGCAAACCACGAAAUCGUCCCUCAUUCCGACAGAUCCUGCUCCAUCUAGACAUUGCCUCAGCAGAUGUCCUUUCCACACCCCAGGAGACUUAUUUUAAGUCCCAGGCAGAGUGGCGUGAAGAGGUAAAGCUGCAUUUUGAAAAAAUUAAGUCAGAAGGGACAUGUCUGCACCGCCUAGAAGAGGAGCUGGUGAUGCGGAGGAGGGAGGAGCUCAGACAUGCCUUGGACAUCAGGGAACACUAUGAACGGAAGCUGGAGAGAGCCAACAACCUGUACAUGGAACUUAAUGCCCUUAUGUUGCAACUGGAACUUAAGGAGCGGGAGCUCCUCAGGAGGGAACAAGCUUUAGAGCGGAGGUGCCCAGGUCUGCUGAAGUCACACCCUUCGAGGGGCCUCCUGCAUGGUAACACAAUGGAGAAGCUCAUCAAGAAGAGGAAUGUUCCACAGAAGCUGUCACCCCACAGCAAAAGGCCAGAUAUCCUCAAGACUGAGUCUUUGCUACCAAAACUAGAUGCAGCCCUGAGUGGGGUGGGUCUUCCUGGGUGUCCUAAGGGUCCCCCCUCACCAGGACGGAAUCGCCGUGGCAAGACCCGUCAUCGCAAAGCCAGCGCCAAGGGCAGCUGUGGGGACCUUCCUGGGCUUCGUGCAGCUGUGCCACCCCAUGAACCUGGGGGACUAGGAAGCCCAGGGGUGCUAGGAGGGGGACCCUCAGCUUGGGAAGCCUGCCCUCCAGCCCUCCGUGGGCUCCAUCAUGACCUCCUGCUACGAAAGAUGUCCUCUUCAUCCCCAGAUCUGCUGUCAGCAGCACUGGGAGCCCGGGGCCGGGGGGCCACAGGGGGAACUGGGGAUCCUGGCUCACCACCUCCAGCCCGGGGUGACACCCCCCCAAGUGAGGGCUCAGCACCUGGCUCCACCAGCCCGGAUUCACCUGGGGGAGCCAAAGGGGAGCCACCUCCACCAGUAGGGCCUGGUGAUGGCGUGGGGCUGCUGGGAACUGGAAGGGAAGGGACGGCGGGACGGGGAGGAAGCCGGGCUGGGUCCCAGCACUUGACCCCAGCUGCACUACUGUACAGGGCUGCUGUCACCAGAAGUCAGAAACGUGGCAUAUCAUCAGAGGAAGAGGAAGGGGAAGUAGACAGUGAAGUAGAGCUGACAUCAAGCCAUAGGUGGCCUCAGGGCCUGAACAUGCGCCAGUCACUAUCUACCUUCAGCUCAGAGAAUCCAUCAGAUGGGGAGGAAGGCACAGCUAGUGAGCCAUCCCCCAGUGGCACACCUGAUGUUGGCAGUACCAACACUGAUGAGCGGCCAGAUGAACGGUCUGAUGACAUGUGCUCCCAGGGAUCAGAAAUCCCACUAGACCAACCUGCUUCAGAGGUGGUUACAGGCCCUGAACCCUCCUUGCCCAUCCAGCACCAGGACCUACUCAGGGGGGAGCAGGGCCCUCCCAAUUCCGAGGACUCAGACUGUGACAGCACUGAACUGGACAACCCCAACAGUGGCGAAGCCUUGCAGCCCCCAGCCUCCCUCCCUCCAUGAAAGCCACUCUUGUUCUUGUACAUAGGAAUAUUUAUAUAAAUAAUAUAUAUAUGCGCCACAUAAUCAACAGAGAAAGACAGGGCUAUCCCAGCCUUAAGUCAGGCUCAAGAGACUGACCCCCUGACCAAUUCACCUAACUGGCAGCUGUGGAAAUGAAGAACAAGGACUGCCCUAGAUCUGUGGCUAAGGGCAAACUGGCCCCUCCCUGCUUGACCCGGUUAUGUUCAACAAGCAGUCAGGCAGUAGAAAAGCCCAACUUGCCUCCUAUGAUC